AUGGCCAAUGGUUUAGGAGUAGCCCUUAUGGCUUCUGAUGGGCUGCGAUGCUGCAAAUGCAAGGAAUGCAAUGUGUGGCGCAUUAAGUUCAGAAAUUGUGGACAUUUUGCUUGCGUCGCAUGCGCCCUUCUACAUCUCCAGGUAAUAAGUGUGGCAAACAAAAUUCUUACUUUUUCAUACUGGAUCGCGGAUGAAAAUAAGGCAAGAAUCAAGUGCGUAAAAAGGACGUGCCCAAAACGUAUCCACGAAAAUGACAUCGAUGCGCUGUUGGACGUGGAAAACACCGAUCUUGACAUUUAUAUGGAGAAAGCGGAGCGCGACGAAUUACUUUACGAGCACCGGAAACAAAGCAUCUACUAUGCUUUCAGUGGCAUGGUCAAACGAUGCCCACUUUGCAAGUCGAUUUACAUGGAAUAUGAUGGCUGCCAUUUUGUGCAAUGCGUGAAUCUGCGAUGCAAGCAACGCUUUUGCUGGAUGUGUAAUGAGCCAAUUGAUUCGUUGCAACAUUUUGCUGGUACCACCGCUUCAGGCUUUUAUCCUUGA